AUGACAACGAGGAUUUCAGAGUUUGUUGUGAAACAUAUAUAUGUUGGUCAAGCAACGAGUGGAUUAGAGUCUGUGCAAAGAGAUAACAUCAAAGAACAAGAAAAUGAUGAUGAUCAUGAUCAUGCAUAUACUGUAGUUAACAAGUUAGAAAUAGAUCAACCAAGAAUCGAUGAUGAUGAUGACGAUGAUGUUUGUGAUACAAUUCAAAACAACAACAAUGUAGAAAGAGAUCUAGAUCAACCAAGAAUCGAUGAUGGCAGUGAUGAUCAUUAUGAUACAAUUCAAAACAACAACAAUGUAGAAACAGAUAAAUCAAGAAUCAAAGAUGGUAGUGAAGAUGAUCAUAAUGAUACAAUUCAAAACAACAACAACAACAACAAUAAGUUAGAUCAACCAAGAAUAGAGGACGGUAGUGACGAUGAUGAUCAUAAUGAAAAGCAAAAUACAAAUGAUGCAACAACAAAGACAACUCAAGUAGAAGAAAAGAAAAAAAUAAAAAGAAAAAAGAAUAAAAAGACACCAUUUGUAGAACCUGGUAUUGAAGUAGCUGGUGUAAACGAUGAAUGUAACUACCCCUAUCGAUAUGGAAAUGUGAUAGAUGUAAAGGGCGUUGAUAUCUCUAAAGAUUGGACCGAAGAAAUAUUGGGACAAUAUUUAAAGGAAGCUGGUUUUGUUAGAGGUUCAGAAAAAUCUCCAAGUAUCAAAGCUGAAAUAACACCAAUCUGCAUUCAAUUUGCAACUUUGUUGAUGAAUGAAAUAUCGAGAUUGUUGGAUCAAGACUUAGAAUUCACGUUAAAUCGAACGGGUAACGGUAAAAUGGAUCUGGACAGAGCAUUCACCGGUAUGGCAACACCAUUGUUUGGUGUAAUGCAACGUCAUCUUCCACCAUCAUACACAUACAUGGCUACAUUAUUUGUAGUGUCGGCAUAUGUAAUGGGUCUACCUGGAUAUGGUCGUGGUCCGCUGGCAAAUAUAGUAAAGGUUAUGCUGGUCGAGAUGAACAAAGAGAUACCUCGAAACCAUCCAUACCUCCUUGCCAAGAUUAAAUACACCAACAAUCGAUACUACAGUCUUGUCUACCAACAAAGGUUUGUUGAAUGGGAUAAACCCAAACUGACUCAAUACCUACUCAACAAUGGUAUUAGAAAGUUUAGUACAACAAAGUAUCCAGCCACCCAAGACAACUUUAAUUAUCAACAAUUAAAAGUUAAAUGGGAUAGAGAAAAGAUUACUAAAUACCUUCAGCACAAUGGUGUUAGACAAUUAAGAACUGACAAGUACCCACCAACUAAAGAAAACUUUAAUUGUAUCAUUGCAUUGUGUAAAGCUAUCAUUGGUGCUUUCAUCAUGAAGAAUAAUACAAAUCUCUAUACUAGUGAACAGGUAAUGGAAAUGUUACAAAGAGAUCAAGAGACUGUUGAAUCGGCAUUGGACAAGAUGGGUAGGAUGGCAUUACCAUAUUGGGAGCUAGAUGAAGAAUGGGCGUUUAACUUCCAUACGACCAAUAAAGAGAAAGUAGAAGCAGCAUUUGACACAAUCUUGGGCACCGCACAAAAAUUGUAUGAAAAUGGAGAUAAAAGUGCUGCUAUUUCAAUGAUUCAAAAUUUACAAUCUGAAGAAUUUAUGGAACAAAUACCAACCACAUCAACAAAACAACAAAAGAAAAAAAAAAAAUCAGACAUUUCCAAUGACCUAAAAAUAAUAAAUAAUAUCAUCUAUUUGGAUCAUGAUGGGGUCGAGGAUUAUUCAAAUAUUGUGUCAUUGAAGUUUCAAAGUAAUUUUCAAAUCAAAAGUUUGGGUCAAUCUUCAAACUACACUAAAUGUACUCAAUGUAUAGAAAGGGUUGUUGCAAUAACACCUGAACUUUUAAAUAUUUUAUCUACUGGAACUUACCCAAGUUGUAUUACAUUAUGUAGUCAAUUUAGUGGAGAAACUUGUUUCUUAAUUUGUGCAAAUACUGGUAUUGGUAAAUUUGGAUAUGAAUUCCCAAAAGAUGCCGAUCCACUCCAUUUCUGUCAACAGGCAAGUUUGUGUCCACUCAAUGAAGGAACACCUGUUGCUAGAACCGAAGCUAUUGCUAGUUCUCCAUCUAAUCCACAAAUCGGUGACACACUCCUCAUCAAAGCUACCGUCUUUUUUGAAAAUGCACUUGGUCUUGGUGUUUACCAAUUGAAUAUUACCGAUGUAGACAAUAAUCUAAUCUUAUCAAAUACUACUCUAUUGUAUGACCAAGCUGCUAGCUCAUUGGCAGAGUUUGAAUUGUCAAUCGAUACAUCAGACUAUACUUUCCAAGACGGCGAAUCAUAUCAAUUGACAUCUCAAAUAUGUGGAUUAAAUUGUUACAGUGUCGGAUUAUACAAAGGAUCAUUUAAUCUUGGUAUCACUACUUCUACCAUCAACUUUUCAUCAAACGAUAACUAUGCACAUGUCGUUAUCCAUAAUUAA